AUGCAAACAUUCACCUACGAAAACGUUGGUAGCGAUGAAUUACUUGGAAGUUGCAGAUACGUCCUCAUAUGUCAUCAUGAUUCCUACAACAAAAUCUACACAGGUGGACGCACGAUUGUGUUGUGUGUGGCUGUAUGGACCCUGAUUUACAUGAUCGAAUUGCCCAACCACGUCGGCUGGGGCGAUAAUCGGUUUAGCGAAGUGUUCUAUGUGUGCACAUUCGCCAAUCAUGUACAUUCCUAUGCAUUGUUCUACAUUGGUGUGGGUGUUUGCAUUCCCAUUACCCUCAGCUUCCUGGCCUAUCUGGGCAUCUAUCGUAAAGUUAAGGAUUCCAAUCUCGUCCGGCAUCGUCUGCUGAGCGGCGCCGUGAAGCGCACCCGCGCCGAACGUGUACACCGCAAACAGCGCCAACGACUCUUCCGGCAGAAUGUCAAGAUGGCCCAGGCCCUAUUCCGAGUGUACAUCAUUUUCGUUGUGAUGUGGCUCCCUGUGGCCGUGGUAAUCUUACUGGGUCGCGGGAAAGAUGUUGAUCCGGUGUGGUAUAUUCUGACCAUUCUCCUGGCGCACGGGAACAGUUCAAUUAAUUGUAUUGUGUACGGGGCAUCGAUCGAUCACUUCCGUCGCGGUUACCUGAUCAUUCUGGGUGUGCCGCGGUCGCAGUUGUUGCGCUGUCACUCGCAUUCCUGGAGACAUCGACAGGGCUAUCGUAAACAACUGCCUGAAACGGGCAGCCUCCAGUCGGCAGAUCUAGAGAGUUCGACGAAGAAGAGCAUGCCGGAACUGGAUGAAUUACAAAUGACUGAUCUGUCCACUAGUGUUUAUGGUGCCCGAUUAAGCUGUUCGGUGGAUACCUAA